AUGCCACCCAAAAACGCAACUGCGAAUGGUGUGACGCGCAAAGGGCCCCAGUUCAAGCCUCUACGGCCUGUGAAAGCAACAGCAAAGGCGCCAGCCAAAGUCUCGACAGCUGCAUCACGCGCGAUAGGCGCGUCGAAGAAGCCCAGUGCUCUGGCUGCCAGAUCUGGCUUCCAACCAGCAGCAACAAUUAUAUCCUCGGACGAAGAAGAUGCUCAAGAAGACGAGUUCGAUGACGCGCUUAGCGACAACCUGAUGGAAGACGCGCCCCCACCAAAACCCACGAGAAUCGUUGAGCCGUUGACAACUGCACACCCAAUCCCAGCGCCGCUGCUUGCACGACUGCUAUACGAGAACUUCGAAGACCCGAACACGAAGAUACAGAAGGGCGCGAUGACAUUGACGGGGCUUUACAUGGAGAUAUUUGUGCGAGAAGCACUCGCUCGAGCCAAGCAUGAGCGCGGAAGGUCUGCGAAGAACGAUGGCAUACCAGAUGGCUUCUUGCAGGUCGAAGAUCUGGAAAAGCUUACACCGCAACUGGUGUUAGACUUUUGA